CGGAGUGGCUGGGGCGCCCGCAGAGAGCCGAGUGUUUCCGCUGCCGGGCUCAGAAGCGCACAGAGGGAUCGGGGGGAGCCCCGGCUGUACGUGCAGCAGCGGGAGGAAAGGGACGGAGGGAGGCGCUGCCCCCGCUGUACAGGGAGAGAGCCGGCUGCUGGGGGGACGGAGGGACCCGCGGGGGGAAACCAGCACGAUGAUCAAACUGUUCUCCUUGAAGCAGCAGAAGAAGGAGGAGGAAUCUGCCGGCGGCACCAAAGGCAGCAGCAAGAAGGCGUCGGCCGCCCAGCUCCGCAUCCAGAAAGAUAUUAACGAGCUGAACUUGCCGAAGACGUGCGAAAUCGAGUUCUCCGACCAUGACGACCUUCUCAAUUUCAAGCUAGUCAUCUGUCCCGACGAGGGCUUCUACAAGGGUGGCAAAUUCGUCUUCAGUUUUAAGGUGGGACAGGGCUACCCCCACGAUCCACCGAAAGUGAAGUGCGAGACCAUGGUAUAUCAUCCAAAUAUAGAUCUAGAGGGUAACGUCUGCCUAAAUAUUCUAAGGGAGGACUGGAAGCCCGUACUCACAAUAAAUUCAAUAAUAUAUGGCCUGCAGUAUCUCUUCUUGGAGCCAAACCCCGAAGACCCAUUAAACAAAGAAGCCGCUGAAGUCCUUCAGAACAACAGACGCCUGUUCGAACAGAACGUCCAGCGGUCUAUGCGGGGGGGCUACAUAGGAUCCACCUACUUCGAGCGCUGCCUGAAAUAAACCUCCGCAGCUUCUGAGUGCGAAACCCGCCAUCCAUCUGACCUACUUCUCCCCUCCCCCUAUUCCCCGUCGCUCAUCCAUACAGCGCCCCACCCCUUUCUUACAGCCACGCCCACCAAGUCCGGGCCGAGCUCCCGAUGUGGAUAGACCUAUGCAAGGUCCCACGUCCUGCUGCUAUCCCUUUGUAUUGGGAGGGAGCACCGCGUGCACAUAUUACAGUACUCGACAGCGCCACCACCUGGCUCUCAAUACCUCACGUCCUCCCUCCCCUUUCCCCGCCCCCGCGGAGCUUCUAUUUAUUGAUGGGUUCAUAAUUUAUCCAAUUCCCGCCCACCCUGCCCUCUCUAAGAUUUUCUUCCUUUGCCAUCGAGGAAAUUUCUGAACGUCGGUGACUGAAUUCGUU